AUGCGGGAUUUCCCGAGGAACCAGACGCUGGAGACGGGCUGGAUGCCCGGCAGGAGUUGCUCGAACGGCAGCGAGGAGUCCUGGCUGGGCUGCAGCCUGGUCAGCCGGUCCCUGGUGGUCACCUUCAUGCUGUUACUCGCCUGUGCGGUGGUGGCGGGCAACUCCAUCGCCGUGGCGGUCUUCCUCAGGACCAGGGAGUCCCGCACCCCUCAGGGCUACCUGAAGGUCUCCCUGGCCCUGGCCGAUCUGGCGGUGGGGCUCCUGGUGCUCCCUUUCUCCGCCUACACGGAGAUCGCGUUGCUGGGGAGCGCCAGCCGCCCGCCCGGCCAUUCGGCCGCGGGAGGUGGCGCGCUGUGGCAGCCCUGCAGCCUGGUGGGCGUGGUGUUCGCCGGCUGCACCUUCGUGUCCAUCAGCACCAUCUUCCUGCUGUCGCUGGAGCGGGGUGUGGCCAUCCUGAGACCCCUGCACAAGGAGGUGGUGGUCACCCGGAGGAGGACCUGGCUCCUCAUCCUGCUCUCCUGGUUGGCCGGCUUCCUGCUCGCCGCUGCCCCCCUGCUCUCCGGCGGCCACUUCUCCCUGGAGUACAGCGAAUGCAGCCGCAUGUGCAACUACGCCUGGGCGGCCGGCGCUCCCCCCCAGGCCGGCGGGAGUAUCCUGCUCCUCUUCCCCGCCUUUGACUUCACCAUCCUGGGGGGCACCGUGAUGGUCAACGCGCUGUCCUUCCGCACCAUCCGCCGCUACUCCGAGAGGCGCAAGGUCUUGGCUGAGCUGGGGAACCUACCCGCGUCCCUGCGCCCCUCCUCCUCAGACAUUAAAGCCGCCAAGACCAUCGGCAUCCUGACUUUGAUCUUCACCGCCUCUUUCAGCCCGGUCGCCGCCUUCGUGCUGGGCAGUGUCAUGGGCUACCGCUGGUGCAGCUUCUCCUUCUUCGCCUUUUGGGUGCUGGCGUCCAACAGCUGCUGCAAUGUCCUCAUCUACAGCGUCAGGGACCAGAGGUUCCGCAAGGGCCUGCACCAGUUAUUCCACAAAACCCCGCACUGA